GCUAGCUAUCUUGAAACUGUAUUAUACUUAUUAAUUACUCUUUAAUCAAAAUUUGAUACUUAAGUACCUCAGUCUGCAAAAAAAUCUGGUGUCUCUUUGUGUAUAGUUCAACAAUUAACAUUUGAAAGCUGAUUAAAUGCUAAUUUUGUUUGUUCAAUAUUUAUCAAUUUUCUAACCCAAAAUGUCAACAAAAGAGCGUUUGAAACAAGACCAAUCAGAUAAUAUCAUUGCAUACAGUGAACUAGCCAUUAGGAAUAAUGCAGCAGUAGUAGAGUAUUGCAGAAUAUCAAUGGCUGCACUGUCAGGUGGCACUGCAGGUCUUUUAGGUCUCACAGGAUUGUGUGGAUUUGGAUUCUACGUUUUUGCAGUUAUUAGUUUAUGGGUUAUGUUGUUAACAAAAGCUGGUGGACAGUGGAAAAAAUAUUUUGUUAAUCGAAGAAGUUUACUGACUGGUGGAUUUUUUGGUGGCUUAUUUACAUACGUAUUAUUUUGGACAUUUCUAUAUGGAAUGGUUCAUGUCUACUAAGGCCUAAGAAUUAACAAGAAAAUGAUUGUAAGUUAAUCAUGCUUAUAAAUAUUUUCACAAAAAAUGCAGCUCUUAUUUAUAUACAUUUAA